AUGAGUGAUUUUGUACUUUUAAAUUUCAUCUCUGAUCAUCGGUUUGCUAAAUGUCAACUAACUCAUAAUAAUAAUAAUAAUAAUAAUAAUAAUAAUAAUAAUAAUAAUAAUAAUAAUAAUAAUAAUAAUAAUAAUAGCUUAGUCUCAUAUCUUUUAAUAUCUGAAAAAAAUGUCAUAGACAUAUAUUUCAUAGUUUAUGCACGUUUAGCACCUAAAAGUCAAUUGUAUUGUGUAGAAUGA